UUUCGAAUUCGGAAUGUGGAGAUUUGAGAAGCCUCCGGUCAAGUUUAAAUUGAUUGGUUGUUUGUCAAAUAUUAUCAAAUAGAAGUCACCGAGAAAACUGCUUUUGCCGUCUAGAAUAAUGCGACCGAACAUUGUUUCCGAGGCAGGAUUGUCUACAAGAGUUAGCCAAUGGUGGGAUGGCAUUCCAUUCUUUACGUCUGCAGUUGUGAUUGUUUGUGGGACAAUUUAUUUAUUCUGCUUGUUGACCGGAUACGAUUUGUUUGAUCAAAUUUGCUUCUUGCCAUUUGCACUUGUUUCACGAUUUCAAGUUUACAGGAUUUAUACCUCUAUUCUUUUUCAUGGUUCACUGCUACAUGUUGUAUUCAACAUGCUGGCUUUAGUUCCUUUGGGUUCGGAAUUCGAGAGAAUCAUGGGCUCCAUACGCAUUUUGUACAUGAUAAUCUUGUUGGCUACAAGCAAUGCUAUGUUUCAUCUUAUUCUAGCCUUCUUGGCAGCCCACAAACCUAUUCAUCUAUUUCCAUACCUGACGGAUGAGUGUUCAAUAGGCUUCUCAGGAAUCAUAUUCUCUCUGAUUGUUAUAGAGUUAAGUUUAAGUGGAGCUCAGUCUAGGAGUGUGUUUGGUCUCUUCAAUGUGCCUGCUAAAUGGUAUCCAUUGAUCUUAUUGGUACUCUUCCAGCUUUUAAUGCCAAAUGUAUCAUUGCUCGGACACCUAUGUGGCAUAUUAUCUGGAUUUGCAUAUACCUAUGGCCUGUUCAACUUCCUUAUUCCUGGAACAUCGUUUUACUCAUCCAUUGAGUCCUCCUCUUGGCUUUCCACUUGCAUAAGGCGGCGUAAAUUUAUCUUGUGCACUGGUGGGAAUUUGUCAGGCUGUAUCCCCACACAUUCUGGCCAGAAUACAAAUUCCAGUGGAUUAUUUGCUGGAACUAUCUGGAGAAACUUUUCCUCCUGGAUUCCACGGAGGGGAACAUCUUCACAGCCAGCACAAGACAGUAGGUUCCCUGGGAGGGGAAGGACUCUUGGUUCCACCCAAGGUCUUGUUAAUCCAGAUAUAAAUCUACAAGCUAGGCUUCUGGAUAAUAGUAGCCCUGACCCCCCAUUAGAUACGCCAUCAAUUGGUGCAGGAGAGCGGCUGUCCAAUGGAAGGCAAUCAGCAGUGGAUAAUGUUGAUACUGCAGGGCAUCAGGUUUUCCUUCAUAAAGUUUCAGUUGUCUCCAAUCAAGAAAUCCAAAAACUUGUUUCAAUGGGCUUUGAAAAGACACAGGUAGAAGUCGCUCUAGCAGCUGCCGAUGGAGAUCUUAACAUAGCAGUAGAAAUCCUCAUGAGCCAGCAGGAGUAAUUCAGAAUGUAGAGUCACCCAUUUGACAUUUCUAAUACGAAACCCCAAUUGUGUUCAAAUUGGUACCACUUUCAUCUAUCAGGAAACAUUUACAUGAAGUCCACUUCUGCAGGAGCUGUAUUUAUAGCCGUUCUGACAUGAUCAAUCGAGGUAAAAGAAAAAAAAAUUCCAGUACUAACUAGUUUUAAAGGAAAGGAACACGAAUGGUUUGUAAAAACAUGUGUUUAUCUCAGGAACCUUGCAGUUUGAUUGAAAGAAAGUGUUUUCUUUGUUUUGUAGUCCUAGGUCUUUCUACAUAAUCUUGUGCAUGAUAGUAUUCUUAUAAAAAGGUAAAAUAAAAAAAAUCAGACUCUUUUUUA